AUGAGUCGAAUUCACUUUUGUGGAGAGUGGCAAUUGUCAGGCCUGAAUGAGAAUCACACAGUGGACGAUCGUUUUGAAGAAUUUGAAUACAAGCCACCAUCGAUCCGAAAGUAUAAUGUCAGAGAAGAGGAAGAAAACAACAUGGAAGAACAUUCAACUUUAGAUGAUGAUCCUCUGAACAUCUCCUAUAUUUGUGCUGGAGGAGAAUAUAUUCCCUACAGCCUCUUGUUUUUGAGUGGACACGAACAUCAAUUUUUUCUUCAAGCUCACACAGACAGUGAAAACUCGAGUGCAUUCCAAAAGAUUUCAUUCAAGAGGUUGUUUCAGAGCAUGAUUGAAAAACAUUUUAAUUUUGAAAUGUGUACUCAAAUUGGACAACACAAAGGUAUCAAUAAUAACAAGGUGAAUGCACCACAAUGUCAAACAUCAUUUCAAGACUCACGAGAAAUGAAACAAAUUAUUUGCAACAAUGCAAAUUGCGUUCUUUUUGAAAUGAUGGAUGGAAAAUUGUACUUGUAUGACGUGGGCAAGGUUGAACUUUUUCCAUUUAUUAUUCCUCACAAGAGCUAUGCCUGGUGUAUUGGUAGUGGAAUCAUGUCGUCUAUCGUUCUUGUAAAUGACAUUUGGCAGGAUGACAUUGUAGCUCUUGAAACUAAGAACUCUGCAUGGCUCAAAGAGGAUGGGACCAUCAAUGAAGAUAAGCUCACAAAGAUUGCAUUUCCUGAAAAACCGGCAAACAUCAAAUUCAUGAGAUGCUAUUGCCGCACACUAUUCUUGUUCGUUCUUACGAAUAAUUGGUUGUACGUUUGGCACCAUGGUAGUGCUACUUUUGGAUUUCAUUCAUGUGCUGAAAAAACAGUGACUCGCGUCACAACAGGAUUUGAAGCUGACGGAAAUAUUGUGGCCAUUGAAACAGGAUUUGCACAUGUGGCUCUCUUACUUGACAAUGGACUUGUCUUUGUUCGGGGGCUAAAUAAUUUCCGACAAUGCUCACCCAACGAUGUGGAGAAUCUUGAAGAAUUUUUCAAAAUACCACUCAAAGCACCCGUUUUAUCCAUUUGUUGUGGAUCUACUUGUACUUGUGUCACGACACGAAAUGACAUGAUAUUUUUCGGUGAAGUGUAUUCCACGUUUAUAGAAAAUUCUGAGAGAACAGUUCCACUAUUUAAGGAAGAAUAUCAAACUGUAUUUACGAGCUUGUGGGUUCACGCCAAACAAUAUUUUAACGAGGAGGUAGCUCUAGGACCAUGGCACGCGUUUAUUUAUCAAAGAACAUUUCAUGUGAGACAAUUUCAUUUACAAUUUUUUGUCAACAAACUCAAAGAAAAAGUGGACAAUCCAAUAUUGAGCGAUAUUUCAAUUAGAACCUUGAUUUGUGACUGA